CAUCUCUCUCUCGCAACGCCAUCGUCUCACUUUGACCAUCCAUGUCCUUUGGAAGCGUUGCGUUGUCAAAAAAUUUGUUCAAUUAAUAAUACAUCAAAAUGUGUACAUUCUAGUUCUCGCCAAUAGUUUGAGAUUGGCCGACGGUGGUUCAGGAAGUGAUAUUCUUUUGUGACUCCUUCACAGCCUCGCGAGACAAAGUGACAAAUCUUGCUAUUCAUCCUUUGAUGGAUCUGCUUCUGGAAUCGCCUCUUUUUCUGGACAGAACGGUUUGGUAAUUUCCGGAGCUUUCUUUCCAAAUAAGUUCUCUCACUGACUCUUGUCAUAGCCGGAAGGAAGGGAAAAUCGUUGGCGUAAAUAUACCCUUAUAAAUAAAGAAGAGUGACAGUUGUGCGUUUUGAAUGAGACUUUCUUUGGAAUCAAUCAACAGUGUUGUUCCACGGCGUCAAUAACUUAUCGCAUUCGCGUUACGUCGUGUGCAGUGUAAAGUCUGUAGUGCCCGUACAGCAAGAUCUGUAAUUUAUACUCGUUCCUCGCAAUAACUUUUUGACUCGUCGACGAAGCCACACGGGCGAAAUCUCCAAUCCUGGAUUACCCACGAUCAUUCCCGUCCCACUUCCUUCCAACGCCGUUCCCCAGCCCUCCUCCCUCUCGUGGAUCCUCCUCGAGCGGAACAGGAACCACUCCCGUCGGUCUCUCUGCAAUGGCUUAUCUCAAAUCCUCAUACCCAGGCAUGAAUGGGCUAGGCUUUGGCAUGGGGAUGGAUCCCGUCCCCCCCGUCGGCUUCGGUCCAGAUCUUUAUCUUCAAGGUGGGGGCAAUGCGAGGAAGCAGCGAAGGGAACGAACCACUUUCACCCGAGCACAAUUGGACAUCCUAGAAAAGCUUUUCACUAGCACCCGAUAUCCAGACAUUUUCAUGAGGGAAGAAGUUGCAAUGAAGAUCAACUUGCCCGAAUCGCGUGUUCAGGUUUGGUUCAAAAAUCGUCGUGCUAAGGUCCGGCAGCAACUCCAGCAGCAACAGAAUGCCACAGCUAAUCCUAAUCCGAGUCCCAUCGUCCCAGGUAAACGAGGUCGCACAGCCAAGUCAAAAUGUCCACCAAGUCCGGGCCAAGGAGGAGCCUUAUCACAUUCCAAUCUCAACUCUUCUUCGACACCUUCCAACAACAACAACAACAAUAAUAGUAAUAAUAUUAAUGGGUCGUCUGGAGCAGUAAUUAGUGGUGCCCAUUCGCAUUCCCCGAUCGGACUAAGUCUGGCACAUCAACAAGCCCAACACCUCGCUGCAAUUUCCUCUGGUCUCAACUCUUCUUCUUCUGGAGGGGACAAUCAUCACCAGCAACACCACAAUAAAGGAAUGGACAACAACUCUGCAUCUCCACUACCUUACUCCAAAAUGUACUCCAUUAAUAAGCAGUCCAUCUCCCCAAGCACAAGUAGUCCCCCAGGGUCCUCACAUCACUCCUCCAUGGGAGACGGAUCUCCUUCCCACAUUUCCGGAAAUGGUGGGAUUUAUGGAACUCCAGGUGGACAUAGUCAAGGACAAAUUAGCCCCCCCUCCAUGUUGGACCAGCAUUACGGCGGUGUUUCCUCAACCCCCACCGGCUUCCCCUGGCACACACCCAUUGCUGACUUUCACAACGGGGUUUCCGGAGUUCAGCGUAGCUCUCCAGCAAUGACUUACUCUAAUUACAAGAACGCCACUGCAGCAUCCCAUCAUCAAGGGUACACUUAUGCGCCAUACUACACCAACAUGGAAUACUUUGCCCCAAGUCACCACCAUCACUUUGGACAGCAUCAAAUGGCAAAUGCCUAUGCUACCAUUUCCUCAACCCACUCCCACCCACAGCACCAAUUCGCCAGUGCCAAGACUGGGAAUGAGUACAUCAUCCCAGACUCGUAUGGGGCAGGUAUGACUGAAAAGUAUCAAAUUCUGUAAAAAUUUGACAGGCGAGGAUGAGAUGGAGACGAUGGGGAAAGUGUGUAAGUCUAUUUGCCCUCAUCAUCAUCAGACAGACGACAUUAAUUAAAGUUCUGUCUGGCUGCCUCUGUGUUAUAUAGGCUAGAUUCCUCGUAGCGAUUAAGUUGUAUCUAUUGAUUCAGAAAGUCGUCGCACGAAUGAAUAGAAAGGUAUAAAUAAGUAGGUGUAUUUACCAAUAUUUAGUAACUAUUUAGCAAGUAUCUCGCUAUUCUAAGUAUAGAGUAUGACGUACAGGAGUAAAUAUGUUAGGAAUAUGGAGGAAAAGUUAAUCAGGAAUGGAAGGAGUAGCAGUAGUACAUAUUUUAUAGCCAGAGUUAUUAUUAGAAGAUCGAGGAGCGUGUUGUUGUAUGUAUAUUAAUUUUAUGAGGAGAUGCACACAAGUUAUGGAUUGAAUUUAGUUAGAUGUGCUGUAAAUAAGUCGAGGGUGACAAAUACUGCAAUUCAUACGAAAAGUUGGGGAAAGUUGCGAUAUAGAAGAAAAGUUGAAUGAAACUUAUUCCAAGUGAGCAGCAAACAUUUAGAGAAGUUGCUCCUCCGUGUAAUGAACAAUUUAAUUAAUGAGCUCAUAAACUCAAUCAAACUUUCAGUACAAUCCUGAGUUACCUUAUUUUCUGACUGGUACUAUUUAUUUAACCUCCCAAGUUUGUUAUUGGUAUGUAUUUGUAAAAAAAAAACAUUUUUUACUGAAUGGGGUGGACACAAGCUUAUAUUCGAAAGAAAUUCUUAAGAUUUCUCAAAUUGAUUUACAUUUCCGGCGAUGUCAUAUCACUUGGAAUUUAUAUUUCACAUAUUUUUAAAAUUUCAAAAAAAAAUAUCUCGAGUAUUUAUUUACUAUAGGUUCUAAGCGUUCCACAUAAAAAUUUCAUAAAACAUUUCGAAAACAAACACAAAAUAUAAGCGUUUUUCUUUAUUAGUUGUACAAGAAUCCUAAUAAUUCAUCCAUUCAUUUGACUUUGACUUGAGUUCCUUUGUAGAUUUUUACCCUGCUCAAUUUCUUUCCCUCCUGAUUUGGAUUAAUUUUUUCCCCGUUCUGCGUGUAUGCAUAAUUAUUUGUCUAUUUCGUAGGUAGGUUCCUUACUAAAUAGUUUGUUAGAUGAAUUUUAGCCGUAUAUAUUCACAUACAUAUAUAUUUCAGUAUCUUAGUUUAGCCAUUUUUAAUGUCUGACUAUAUACUUUGAGUGUUUGUGCAAUAGUUAAAUUUGAUGUGUUAUCAUCUCUAAAUCUGAAUAAAAUCAAAGAAAAAUCUCGCA